GCGUGUGCGCGGGUGCGAGCGUGUUUGGGUCGGGGCGGCGGCGGCGGAAGUGGCGGCGGGGCCGGGACAGCUCGGCUGGGACACCUCGGCCGCGCCCCCGCCCCUCGCCCCCAGACGGGAGCCGCCUCCCCUCUCCCCCUCCUUCGCACACCCUGCCCGCAGCGCCCGCCAGCCCCCACGGACGUCGCUGCGCCGCCGCCCCGGCCCCCGCCCCGGCCAGGUUGUUACUGGCAGAAGAACCACUGAGGUCUGAAUCCUGGAACUUACUUUCAAAAGCUGUUGAAAUAAAGGACUUCUUUCUAAUUUGGACAUGGCUAAUCGAGGAGCAACAAGACCCAAUGGGCCAAAUGCUGGAAAUAAAAUUUGCCAGUUCAAACUAGUACUUUUAGGAGAGUCUGCAGUUGGCAAAUCAAGUUUGGUGCUUCGAUUUGUAAAAGGACAGUUUCAUGAGUUUCAAGAAAGUACAAUUGGAGCUGCUUUUCUAACCCAGACUGUAUGUCUGGAUGAUACAACGGUAAAAUUUGAAAUUUGGGAUACAGCUGGGCAAGAGCGGUACCACAGUUUAGCACCCAUGUACUACAGAGGAGCACAAGCAGCUAUAGUGGUGUACGACAUUACAAAUGAGGAGUCCUUUGCCAGAGCGAAAAAUUGGGUCAAAGAACUUCAGCGACAAGCAAGUCCUAACAUUGUAAUAGCUUUAGCAGGAAACAAAGCUGAUCUAGCUAACAAAAGAGCUGUGGAUUUCCAGGAAGCACAGGCUUAUGCAGAUGACAACAGCUUAUUGUUCAUGGAGACAUCUGCCAAAACAUCUAUGAACGUAAAUGAAAUAUUCAUGGCAAUUGCAAAAAAAUUGCCCAAGAAUGAACCACAGAACGCAGGAGCCAGCUCUGCCAGAGGAAGAGGAGUAGACCUUACUGAACCCACACAACCACCCAAGAGUCAAUGUUGUAGUAACUAAAAGAUCAAUUGCUUUAAACUGUUCUGAAUAUUCUUCUGCUUCCUAACUGUUAAUAACCAUGGAAUUGGAGUGCUUAACCUGGUCCAGUACAGCUUCCCAACAGCGAAGAGACUUAUGAUAAUAGUCAAGUUCAUGAUACAGAGUUUUCUUUUGAUGUAAAAUUUUAACAUGCAUGUAUCCACCACUGGCUAUAAUGUUUCAGCAGUAGAGGAGAGAUGGAAGGGACAUAAACUUCCUUCAGUUGAAAGGUUUUAAAAAUCAGUUGUUAUUAUUAGGGGUGUAGAAGAACUGCUCUCUGUGGACCUAAUUGGCCAGUUCCUGUAGCCUCAAUACUGAUCACUGUUAUAAUAAAUAGAAUUGGGUCUUUUCAUAAUUCUCAAUUGUGCUUUAAAGCCUUUUUAGAAACAGGGUCUAAAAAUUACUUAAACUUCUCUGAAGUAUUGAUGCAACCAGUUGUUUCUGCAGGUAUCCACUAUUUAGUUAUACAUUCCAUAGUUUAAUAAUUUAAUUACAAAUAAUACUUGCAUUAACAAUUUUAAGAAUCCUUUGCUUGCCAGACAGUGGAGUUUUAGUUGGUACACUGUAUGUAAAUGAUAUCAACCCAGUUAGUUAUCUUAAUGAAUUAGUGAUGAAUCAAGUUUAACUUAAUUUCUAAUCUUUUCAGAGGGUACAGACCAGUAAAUUCAGUUCUAUGACUUAGGAUAUGUUUGGUUUUUUUUCCUCUACAAACUGUAAGAGCUCUUCAAGUAAAACCACAACAAACUCGGUGUCUGUGACUUUUCUUGUUUCUGAUCAUUGCUGGCCAUUACAGUUUGUUUUUCCCCUAAGGAAAAAAAUAGUGCACUAACAAUUAUGUACAUCCAACUUGAUUUUAAAUUUGGAUAUUAAUGUACUGUAAAUAGGUACUCUGCAUUGUAGUCUACAUUUGUUUAAUACUUUCUGUAAUAUUUAAGAGUUGCUUAAAGGUAUACAGAAUGUACAGUUACUUAAAGCUAACUUUUUUCCUCUCUAAUCAAAGGAGGUUCUGAGUUCUUCCUUUAUGGCUAGAACAGUAAUAAAUGAUGCUCCUGUAUCUGUAACAUAAGUACUGCUGUCUGUCAGUAAUGAACUUUGCAACUUUGUUUUCCAAAGUACAUUUUAUUUUGAUCAGUCCAGUAUAUUGCACUAAUUCUUUUAGUUAUUUUCAUUAUAUGAAAUCUACAAAGUGUGUCAGAAGAGAUGAAUUAGUCUAUUUAAAUGUUGAACUGAUAGAAACUUACUUGUGCAGAUUUAAAAUUUGCAGUAAUCUGGGUUUAGCAAGGAAAAUGACAGUUCACCAGUGUUUAGUUUUAUAUUGAGGUGCUCAGGUUUGAAUAAAGUGGUUUAAAAAAA